AUGAUUGAUGCCUUUACCGGUUGUCUUAACCAUGGUUUGACGACUCGUGAAUCGUGCAUUGUAUUUAAUACACUCUUUCAACCUCUUGUGGAACUUACCAGUAGUGUCUCCCACAUCAAUGAUCUGCUGUCUAAGGUAACAGCAAUCAAUUCUACGGCCGCUUUAGAUACUAUAUUCUACCACAUUAAUCUGAUACUGGAUAGAAAUGUUCUACCGCAAGUCGUAAUCACCUAUCUACACACCUGCAGUAUCAUUAAUAACAACAACAAUGCCGCCGGAUCCACUACAGCUAUAGAGGAUACCAGUCUGGUGGAUAACGCUCUAGGGGAUAACGCAUCUCUCAAGAAUCAUGCUCUGGGGAAUCAUGCUCCAGUUAGCCAGAGGGAAGGACCCCAAGAUUUGCCCGUUGUUCUUGUGGGACUAAGCAGUGCUGAUGACACUACAGAAUGCGAUGAUAACGACCACGGCCGCUCUAGGCCAAACCGACUCGACCCCCGAGGUCACACGCCAGACAGAAACCCUGCCCGUGAGCGCCAAGGUCUCCGAGUGGCACCUCAAUGCGUCCCUCAGUACUACAGCAAGCUUGUAGACUGGCCUAUGGGAAUUGGCGCCGACGACUGGUACCAAAUAGCCAGCGCACACACGUUCGAUCGAUGGCUGGAAAAAGCAACUGAGUUUGUUUGUCUAUUAGUUAGCUACAUUGUACAUCUUAGCAUCUCGUAUGAAAGUCAGAAGAAGCUGCUGACUCGUAUAUGCCAGAAUUUCGAGUCGUUCUCUCUGCAGAAUCCGUUUGGCGCCAUAAUCAUUGCCAAAUUUGGUUCCGCGUUUAUCCAAGGGUCGGGCGAUAGCAGCUCUACCCUGUCGCGUUUGUCAAUCGAAAUGCUGCCUGUAGCUUAUCAAUGUAUCAACGAAAUACUUGUCGUUAUUGCGCCGCCUUCAGUUGAGAACCGGUUCAAAAAUUUGUCGAAAGACUCAGGUUCGUCGAAGGCUCCCGAUCACAGAACCGGAUCCGACAGAGUAGAUCACGGCACCGGUAACGCGACUGGGUCUACCGCUAAUGCUUUUAACCCGACGGGAUCUCGUGCAGCAGCUUGUGAGUUGUGUGGAGACCCCGGAGCGCAGAUUGCGUGCAGUGCCCAUGACUGUACGGCCGUUGCACAUCUGGCGUGCGCAGGAGGGGCUACGGGAAGUACGAACGACUGGUUGUGUUACCUUUGUGAAGAGCAACAGGUAGCUGUGGAAAUCGCGCGACCGCUUGUCGAUCGAUGGCGGUCUUGCUUUCUCUCUUCGGUGAAGCUAGGAAGCCUGGCUCGACGUAGGCCGGAUGAUAAUGAUAGCCAGGAAAUUCUCGCAUUGCAAGACAUCAAGCCUCCCCCCCUUUGGUCCCAAUUUCUGAUUCUGUAUUAUCGCUGUCUUCAGAUGAGGAACGUACAGCAACAGACGCUCCUGAGAUGCCUGGUUGCGCAGAUCCUGAAAGAAGCUCGGGAAAGCAAAAACGCCGGCAGCCGGCCGCCUGAAUCUAGUGGCGCACGAUCUGAAGGAGACGGGUCACGAUCUGAAGAAAGUGGCGACCAGCGGAGAGCCGGUGGGUCCCUCCCCGAUGGGUCUCACUCUGGUGGGUCUCACACCGGCAGGUCUCAGUCUCGUGUGUCUCGCAUUAGUGGGCGUAGUGGGUCUCGACCCCGGUCGGAUCGGAGGCCGAGUCCUGAAGAGGGAGUGACCGAAGGUCGGUUGCGGAUAAAGCCGGAGCUGAAGGUGGAGGUGGUGCCUCCGAGGUCGCAGGUUGCUCCAAGGGUUUCAUACGAGACGGCGUUGAAGGAGCUGUUUUACUUAACUUUGGCCUACCUGUCUACGGACCGUGGCGCGAUGUUGGCGCGCUCUCACCGAGUGAGUAAGGCGUCUGACGCGGCUUGCUCAAGGUUGGUGGUUCGAUUCCUGGACAGCGCAUUUAUCUGUUAUGAACUAAAGGAGUUGUCCAAGGCGAUCAUUCUGUGCAUCUGCGAAGGCACGGAGACCCGGCGCAAGUCCUGGCUUAGCGCACUCGCCAGCAUUCCUGUGGACAUCGCGACCCUCAUACCUCAACUUCGGACUCUGUAUGCGCGAAUGCUUAACGCUCCUUCCAAGAGCAUCGACGUUAAAAAGAGUAUUCUCAUUAGACUCUAUGACGUUAUUCAGAAAGCCGCUACGACCGGCAGGGGCACGACCGUGGAGGCGAUGACCGGUGGGGGUACAACUAGUGGGGUUACGGCCAGUGUAGGUACCGUCGCGGCUUGGCAAGGUGAGGGAGGUUCGAAUGUUAUGAUGACCACAACACUUCUUGGUCGUUAUGUUACAGAGAGGGGUAAGAGUCUGGGGCGUGUUAGUCAGGAGGACUUGCAUGCGUUCUCAUUAUGGUUAGUGCACUUAUUAACUUGCACUAAACAAGUAGAAAUGGACUGUCGUCGAUGGGUAAGCUAUAGGGCAGAGGUUUGUCGCUUGUUAUGUUACGUAUGUAGUCUGAUCACAAUACCAGAUAUAGUAGGACAGCUCAAUCGAUUAAUGCUACAACUCAUGAAUCUCGAUCUCGUGACUUCAGCAUCCAGCAAAUUACUGCUCGAAUUCUGGCAACAGCAUCUACUACAACCCAGUCGCCUUGACCGGAAUUGGUGGGUAUUAAUUACCUUCUGUCUGUAUGCCGACCAUCACAAUAUAUGCGUCCUAGAUGUCAACGGUAGCCCCCUUACUAUUCUAUCAAGACUCACUCAAGGUCAGGAUGAUCGGCUCCCUGCUCUAGUUAGGGAUCUACUUAGCUGUAUGUAUAACGCCGAUAAUGACGAUAAUCUGCAAACCGGAAUCUUAAAAACCGUCUGUCUCAUCUGCAGCCCCAGGACAUAUGCCAAUGUCAGAAGUUCAGUGCCAUGGAUCUUAAAUUUACUAAGUCAGACGCCCACGACACAAGUCAAGGCUGCCAAAGUCACCGCCGCCUUACAACUAUUACUAUCUAUCCCCAAAAAUAACUGGAUCAUGGCUAUCAACGAAUUUAAACAAUUCCAACUCGCUCUUCUCAAUCUUGCCAGAAUCAGAGGACCCACUGGACAAUCCGCUAUCAAUCUGCUAAUGGAAGUGACGGAGGACGCUGCUCCAGCCGUGGCAGCGCUAUUGAACGCUGAUUUAGACAAAAUAGCGAAACAAACUGUAGAGAUCCAGCGCCUGCCGCACGCGUGUGCUAAAAUUCAGGCGGUUAUAACAAAGCUCUCAAUCGAGCAGUUGGACGCAUGUUCUACCACUCAGGCGGUUCUUGGUGUCCAAUCGGGUGCGGACCUUGUGGAAAAAAUAUUCGAGUCAUUGGUUGGUUUAUUUCAAUUGUUAGCCACCACCAGCAGUGAUUUGGGAGAUCCCGCUCAGAAUGAGAUUGACCGGCAUUCCGCGAAUAGAUCGAUUGAUAAACAUGUAUCCAUUGAUAGCGAACAUUCUCUAACGCCCCGUAAAACUUCCCCUCAAAAAGAAUGGGGUCGCGCAGCCUUGUUAGAAACCCUUGGCAAAAUAGUAGGUAGAUAUUCAGAUUUAGCCAAUGAUCAGCGUUGGGUUGAUACUGUAUGGGAAUGUCUGGCUGAGAAAUCCUCGGCGUACCUCGUUACUCAGUGCGUGCAAGUUCUUACGAGACUACUCCAGAAUGGCAGCAGGGGACGCCUGCUGUCGAGUGUAGCGAAGAAUAGCAGGUCUCUUGGGGGUAAGAAGCUACUCCUGUCAGCGUUGCCGAUAAUAACAGACAUUGUAUGUGAACGACGACGGAAUAAUGCAAGCGGUACGGAUAAAGACCGGCUGUCUGAAGCAUGUAUGGAAUACCUCCGGGAGGUAUAUGAACAAGGUUUAGUACCUACCAGCAAUCUGCUGGAAGCGGUCUUUGCGUGUAUAGUAAAUGACAGUAUACUUGUCCGGAAUAGAACAUGUCUCAUGGCCAAGUCUUUGAUUACUCAGGGCACUGACACCUUGGGAUCUCUAAAAAGGAAAAUGUGGUCGUUCGUUCUGACCACCAUGACCAUCCUUUUCCGCCGUCUCAUGGUCGAUGGAUCCGUGGUUCGUAUCGACCAAAUCCCCUUUGACGACAACUUACACACGCUCCACGAACUUUAUCUGGAAACCAUUGCUGAAAAGGCCACUCUACGAGCCGCUUUCCUCGGGCCCAUGAUCCAGAGCGUUGCCAAGAUCACAAGCUCCAUCAACGAACUACUGGCCACCCUUAACAAGUAUUUUCCCGUUGUCCGCACCCCAGUCUUUAUCGAGGACGAAUGGUCCUUGUGUGUUACUGACACUGAAGACACGGAGCAGCCACAUGCUGGGGACCAGCUACGGGCUGUCGAACACCACCAAACCGGGGAACACCACCAAACCGAGGAAAAGCCACAUACUGAGGAACAGCCACAGACUGAGGAGCAUGUGUCCCUUAGAGACCGGGGGGCGUCACUACCGGAGGAGGAGACAAUCCGAUUAGACGGAGGCAGAGUUUCCAUGUCUAUAGAGCUGCCUCGACUGCACACUCCAACGAACCAGGCAGACGCUGUAGCAAAGUCCCUUGUCGUUCGUAGUGGAGUGUAUCUAGCGUACUUGGCACAGUUCCUUCUGCAUUGGCGUUUCAGUUCCGGACAGCAACCAGACGCUAGCUAUGUGCAGCAAGAGCUGGACAAUGUGAUUCAAUCCCUGAGCCUCAACAGCGAGGACAGCUCAACCAUGGUCGUGAUCCGUGUUCUGGCCAUCGUCGUGUUGUCGCUAGCGAACCAACGGCUCAAACGAGGUCACGAAGACCCCGCGGGCGGUUUCAAGCUCAGACCUGCAGUCGAACUAAUCUUUGGGCCCGAGAUUCGUCUGGACCAUAUCGCCAACGACGUGGAGAAACACAGAUCCCUACUCACUAGGAAGCUUUCCAUAUGGCGGCAUGCUACUUUCGGAGAUGCUUUGGCGGCUAAUGAUUCCGAAUCACAUUAG